CUUUGUGUAGCCCAUGAGCGUCCAACAGGGUUAACUAUCACUCCGUCGCCUGCGCAGAAGUCGAGACGCCCGUCCGUGCUUUGGAAAAGCGCGUGACAACAAACCAAACCAUAACUUUGAACAGUAACGAUGCGCUCUCUCGCGCUGUGCAUGUCGCUCGCGCUCCGGUGCGUAAUUCUCCAGACCGCUUCGGAAUAUUCCUCCAAGUCUGAUUUAGAGUACGAGUUCUGGGACUACAGGGGAAAAUUUUGCAUCGACGAUCAGGGUUUUGUGUACAACAUCGGGGACGUCUAUUAUCCGGCUUCGACUGCUUGCCCCUGUACCUGCACGGAAGACGGACCGGUGUGCAUGCGGCCGAAGUGCCCGCGCAUACACCCGCGAUGCACACGCAUCAGAUACAAGUCCUGUUGUCCUGUAUGCGAGGCAGUCAGUAAAGUGUGCGUGUAUGGUAGAAAAACAUACAGACUGCUCGAGGAAUUUAAGUUAUCUCCCUGUGAACGGUGCCGCUGCGAGGCGAAUAGGCAAGUGUACUGCAGCAUCUCGGAAUGUCCGGCCCUGCACUGCGUGAACCCCAUAUACGAGCCCAACCGCUGCUGUCCUGUAUGCAAGAACGGGCCAAACUGUUUUGCGGGAAACCGCGUCAUCCCGGUGGGUGAGCGGGUGGAGGUGGACGAGUGGACCGUGUGCUACUGCACCUAUCGGGACGGAACAUGGCACACGCACCCGCACGCCACCUGCGAGCGGCGCCAGCAGCCAGACUACGGCACCGCCAGCAGCACGGAGGACUCGACCGAGCAGAUGGAGGAGCGUGAGCAUGAGAGAGAACGCGAGAGGGAGCGCGAGAGGGAGCGCGAGAGGGAGCGCGAGCGAGAGCUCCGGCCCAGGCUGGAUGUCAUCCCUUGAGGACCUGGCGGUGGGCAGCGGAGACGCGGGAGGGGGCGCAGGCACGUGCUGGCGGCCAGGAUAAACACAACCUGUGCUGGGUUGACAGCCAGCGCUGACCUCUUCCACCCCCUUCAGAGCUGAGAAUGCUAGUGGGAACGAUGCCAAAAACACACACAGUAGAUUCCACUCUGGGAAAUGUGUCAGCAAAAGUGUUAAUUUAUCUGCUGGUGAUUCACCCGGGUACCCACGGCAAAUUUCUGCAUUUCCCUGUUCUAACCCACCUCAUGAAGUCUUUCAUGAGCAGAGCUGGAACUGUUAGAACAGAGAAACAGGAAAGGUGCAGGACUCACUUAGCCAGUGUCAGGUCUGAAAUACUUAAAUCACACUUAAAUUGCAUCUUUGAUUAAACAUGCGGUGUCCUCUCUUUUCAUAUGUUAUGAAUUAUAUUGUAAGCAGUAUUCUAUUGUGUUGUGGUCAUGUGACAAAAUAUUCUGUGGGGUUUCUUGGACAGAGGAAGAGUCCUUUCUGUUUUAUGUCACACUCUUCUCAUGUGUGAAGCCAAACUUUUAUAAAAAUGAUCAUUCCUAGGUAUCAGUCCUAGGUUUACCUGUGGUAUAAUUAAACUGAACAUGUUGCAUCUCAAGACUAAAAUCACGUUUGGAAGAUGAAGAGAGUGGAAUACUAUGUCAUAUCUCCUUACAUACAGUUCCCUUUAAAGGGCUAGUCCUCACAGAAAUAUAGAACUUGCUCUGCAGUCAACUCAGGUUUAAAAUGAUCUCUCGCUUCAUAUAUUGUUUGCUGUCUACCUGUUCAAGAAUAUUAUUCACUGUUCAUUUCAUACAUUUAGUUUUUGUUGAGUUACUAAAUGCCUUUAAUGCAUGCAAAGUCAGUAAAAUAACAUUUUGUAAAUAUUGUGUUUAUCAUGUCAAAUAAAGCUGUUUAAACCAGGA